UUUAAAUAAUCGCAGUCCCAGCUGCGUAGUGCCAUCGGACAGUAGACGAUAGACGGACGAACACACACUUAGUUCCACCUUAACAUCGCACCUAGACGGUUCGUCCACGCAGUGACAGUGACCCGACCGACGCAAGCAGAUGGCCCCAUCAGCAGUCAGCAUGGUGUUUACGGUGGAGAACGCUAAAUCGCCUGGUGCGCUGGAAAAGGGUCAAAAGCCACAGGAUGGACACAGCUUUGAUGAGGCGCUUGAGCUGGCCGGUUUCGGCAAGGUGCAGAUCGUCCUUUCGAUUUUGGCUGGGCUCGGGAUGAUGGCAUCGAUCAACGAAGCGAUGGGUAUGAGCAUCAUCUUGCCCGCGUCACAGUGUGAUCUUGAUCUGGACGCCGGCGAGAAGGGAAUCGUUGGGGGAGCUGUGUUUCUUGGUACAAUGUUCUCGUCCUACUUCUGGGGCUAUCUGGCUGAUACGCGCGGCCGUCAGCUGAUCCUGAAGUACGCACUGUUUGCGACCUCAUUCUUUGGUGCGAUCUCUUGCCUAGCGACUGGGUUCGUGUCGCUGCUGGUGCUACGCUUCCUCACGGGGGUUUGUGUGGCCGCACCGGCCUCUACGGUGUAUGCGUACCUCGGGGAGUUUACCACACCGAGCAGACGGAGUCAAAUGCUGUCGUUCGCUUCCGUUUGGGGUGGUGUCGGUAUAGUUUAUGUGUCAUUGGUUGGAUGGUGGAUACUCUCGUACGAUUGGGUAUUCGUCAUCAGCGAUUCCUUCGAGUUCAAACCAUGGAGGCUGCUGUUCAUCGUCAAUACGCUGCCGGCAUUCUUGAACGGAAUCGCGUUCUGCUUUUGUCCCGAGAGUCCCAAGUUCCUGGUAUCGCGGGGCCGCAACGAGGAAGCUCUGGAAGUAUUGAGGAAGGUUUACAGACUCAACAAGGGCGCCGACACCACGGAUGGAUAUGAGGUGACGUCACUGCGACUGGAUCCGGAAGAUGAGAUCGCUCGCGAACAGAAUGGAGACAGCUCUGUCGGACUGUUCCGAUCGAUGGUACAGCAGACCUUACCGAUUGUGAAGCUUCCCUACCUCGUGUACUUCAUCAUUUGCUGUGUCCACAACAUUGGUGCCUUUGCUAUCUACGGUGGACUCGGCCUCUGGUUCCCCGAAAUUAUGAACCAAGUGUUCUCGCAACAGUCACCGGUCCACGAGGACCGGAAGGUGUGCUCGAUACUGCAACAGAACGAAACGCUUCCGGUGACCGUUGUGACGGAGUUCGAGCUGUGCGACGAUGAGGUGAAGAUCGAAACGUUCCUCUACACACUGCUGCUGGGCGUGAUCGGGUGCGUGUACGCGCUGAUCACCUCGGCCGUGCUGGGCAAAAUCGAUCAGAAAGUGAUGAUGGUGUUUAACUGCAUCGUGGCCGGUGUGUCCGGUAUUGCGCUCCAGUUCAUCGCCAACUCGUACGCGGUCGCGAUACUAUUCUGUCUCGAGAUAGUGUUCGCCGGUUACUGUGUCCUGCUGGUGAACGCUAACGUGGUGGCCAUCUUUCCCACCAAUGUCCGAGCGAUGGCUGUGGCCCUAACGAACAUGAUUGGGCGGUUAAGCUGUUUCGUGGCGAGUGCCGUGAUAGGGUUGCUGAUCCUCCGAAACUGUCCAGUCACGUUUUACAUGCUGUCCGGUUUGCUGUUUCUAUGCGCGGGUCUUACCUUUUUGCUGCCAAAAAAGUGACACCCCAACGCAUGCAGAGACGCAUAAAAGCGGGGACUAUUUUAAGGUGCAAAGUACUUAAUCAUAUUAUCAUUAUGUAAAUAAAACUUCCACACAUUCCAAAGUUCACGGUGAGCGAGCACGUUUUUGUGUUGUUAAUCUUGCGUGAUGGUGCGAUGUGGUGAACUAAUUGAAGGUGUAAAGCAAUAAAGAUUUCAAUUAUUUUCGUA